AUGGAGCGUGUGCACGGAAUCAACCCUUUCGCAAAGCGCGAAUCCCAUUCGAAGAACUCUGUCAUUACUUACAAGAUUCUGACUAUCGUCACUUGGUUGCUGUCCGUCAUCGUCUCUGUCUAUUACACGCUGCAUAGUCCGGACGAUGGCGUUUGGGCGCGACGGAGAAUCUGGAAGCAAAAUGACCACUAUCAUACUGCUUUCCGGAUGAACUAUAUUAUUGCCAGCAUCUACUGGAUCGUCCUCUUCGUUCUCCAAGGUGGCUACAUUGCACAUCUCUUCUCGGGUAGCGUUGAGCGUGUCAACUCGGCCUGUUCCGUCGGCAGUCAUUUUAUUCUCAAUAAUUUAUUCCACUUCGCUUUUGUGAUCCUCUUCGUGCGUUCUCUGUUCGGCUGGGCCGAGCUGUUCAUCAUCCUCAACUUCAUCAACCUGUCCUCGCUGUACUUCCGUCACAGCGGAUAUGCCCGAUUUAUCCAUUGGCCAGUCGUCUCUGGACCACUCGCCUGGACAUUCGUCGCUAUUUACUGGAACGGGGCAAUAAUGGUUCCCAACUCGCAGACCUUGGUCGCACGCAUCUUUGGUAAUGUCUUCAUUUGGAGCAUUCUCGUCUAUGGACUAUUUUUUAUCCUGGCUUACAAGGACUACACGAUGGGCUUCAACCUGUCGGUCUUAUCUGCUGCAAUUGGUGUUUCCCAAUUCCUCCAUAAAGUCAUCGCAUUGCAGUGGAUUUUCGCGUUCACCAUCAUGGCUGUCCUGUUCAUCGCGACCGUCAUAGUAGCCGUGCCCGCUGCUGGAGGAAGAUACCACGGGCGUGACGCAGAGCGAGCACCUCUGCUGCCGGAACACUCAUAA